UCACUCCUGGAUUCGACUUUGAGAACUUUUUGGAUUUGCUCUGGGUGGUGUAUAUCUUAAAUGGAUGGUCCUCUUGACUCUUCCACAAGCUUGAAAACACUUUAUGUCAAAACCUAUCCUAUGUGGUCUGUUGGCUGGUAAUAAUGUAGAAACGUGGCGGCUGGUUCAUGAGGCUUUCCCAGAAGGUUCAUUGCUAUGAAGAUGGAUCUUCCAGCUUAAGUUUUUCUCAGAGGAUAAGCAUAUUCUCCCAUGUAUAUAUACACGUCCAGAGUACAUUAUAGCUGUCUGGUAAUUAUGAUUUUCUUCAGGUGUGAGGUACUCUGCUAUAUUUCUUAGUUAUUCCAGAAGUUUCAUCAUUUUAUUCAAUUUUUGUUUGUUCAAUCUUUAUCUUGUUCAUAACCUAAACCAGUUUGUUGAUAUUGUGCAAAUUUGAAUCUUGCUAUCUGUCUGUGUUCUGGGUAUCUCUCACUUGCCCAAUUGGGUCAAGUUCUAAUUUGGCGAGUCUCAUAACUUGAGAUUCCAAUAUUCAUUUCCCUUCCUUUCUAUUCCAAAAUUUCAUAUCACAGUUGGGUUUCUUGAAAAAUUAAAAAUCUGUCCAGGUAAAUUGGUUGAUAGAUUGUUUUUAUGGAUACCCUUCUUGAAAGAUAUUCUCUUUCCUUGGAAAGAUUCAAUUUUGGGGAUGGCUCAGCUUCAACCAAUUUGGACCACCCUAGUGAUUCAAAUACUUAUUUGAGCUCUGGUUCAGAUGGAGAUACUACUGACAUUAGUGAUUACAAUCGCCCUGUGAUUAAGUACAUAAGUGAUAUUCUUCUAGAAGAAGACCUGGAGGGUAAGCCCUGCAUGUUGCAGGACUGUUUGACCCUCCAAGCUGCUGAAAAAUCUUUCUAUGAUGUCCUUAAUCAAAAGGACCCUCUUUCACCCAACCAACCCCCUCUUUCUGUGCACCAAAGCUUUGAGAACUCAGAUGAUGAUUCCCCACAUAGUUGUCAUAACAGUAAUGCCUCUAUUGCUGCAAAGACAAACUGGGUUUUUGAUCCUUCUGAAACCUCAAAAGUCCAAUCUUCUCUUGUUCAGUCUCUACCAGAUGCUGUUUUGGAUUCAGAUUCACUUUCUGAGAUGCAAAGGCUUGAGUAUUUUGGAGGGUUAAGGGAAGCAAGCAAGUUUCUUCCAAAAGUAAAAUUUGAAACUAUUGAUCUGAAGGGGUCCCAGUUAAUGCCUCCGGGUCUUGAUCAGUGGCCUCUAGCUACUAACACACUGAUGAGGAGGCCAGACAAUGAUGACUACAGUUCAACAAAUAGAUCAAAGGGAAAGAAAAAUCAUCAAAGGGACGAUGGUGAUUAUCCAGAAGAAGGCAGAAGCAACAAGCAGCCAGUUGCUUUUGCUGACGACUCUGAGCCACAAGAAAUGUUUGAUGAAGUUUUACUUUGUCUUGGGAAUCAUGAGUUUGAAUCGUGUUCUAAUGAUGAAUCUUUGAUAACUGAGGGAAGUGGGAAGUUGCAGCACAAGAAGCAGUCAAAAGGGUCUAAAACAAGGGAUUCAAAGAAGCAGAAUAACAACAGGGAACUGGUGGAUUUGAGCACACUGUUAACUCAAUGUGCACAAGCUGUGGCAAGCUAUGACCAAAGAACUGCAAGUGCACAAGCUGUGGCAAGCUAUGACCAAAGAACUGCAAGUGAACUACUCAAGCAGAUAAGGCAGCAUUCUUCCCCCUAUGGUGAUGCUACCCAGAGAUUAGCUCAUUACUUUGCGGAUGGCCUAGAGGCACGCUUGGCUGGAGCCAGAACUCCAUCAUACUCUCCCCUUAUUAGUAUGCAGAUAUCAGCUGCUGAAAUCUUAAAAGCUUAUGAGGUAUUUGUUACUUCAUCCCCUUUCAGGACGGUGUCAAAUUUCUUGGCGAACAGAACAAUUCUGAAACUAGCAGAAAAAGCAACAAGGCUUCACGUUAUUGAUUUUGGCAUUUCUUAUGGUUUCCAAUGGCCCUGCUUUAUCCACCAUCUCUCCAAGAGACCGGGUGGACCUCCUAAGCUUCGUAUCACAGCAAUUGAGCUUCCCCAACCAGGUUUCCGGCCUACAGAAAAGGUUGAAGAGACGGGGCGUCGCCUGCAAAAAUAUGCUGAGAGAUUUAAUGUCCCAUUUGAGUACAAUGUCAUUGCUCAGAAGUGGGAAACAAUCCAAUUUGAGGAUCUUAAAAUUGACAGAAAUGAGAUGAUUGUUGUGAAUUGUAUGAACCGGCUAAGGCACAUACCUGAUGAUACAGUGAUGGUGAACAGUCCAAGAGACAUUGUCCUAAAAUUGAUCAAGAAAAUUAAUCCAGACCUAUUCAUUCAUGGGGUUGUCAAUGGGACAUACAAUUCACCCUUCUUUGUCACACGGUUCAGAGAGGCACUCUUCCACUUCUCUGCACUGUUUGAUGUGUUUGAGGCCAGUGUUCCUCGUGAAGAUGAACGGCGGCUGAUGUUCGAAAAAGCUGUAUAUGGUAAGGACAUAUUGAAUGUCGUAGCGUGCGAGGGACUGGAAAGAGUUGAAAGGCCUGAGACAUACAAGCAGUGGCAGGUUAGGAAUGUGAGGGCUGGGUUCAAGCAACUCCCACUAGACCAAGAGAUUUUGAAGAAAGUGGAGAGAAUGUUGAAGUUUAUGGGUUAUCAUAAUGAUUUUAGGAUUGAUGAAGAGGGCCAUUGGAUUCUGCAGGGAUGGAAAGGAAGAACCAUUAUGGCUCUUUCCUUUUGGAAAAAAGCCUAGACCACUAUUAAAAUCUUUAGUCUCUUUGCUCUUGAAUUUUUCCUUUAAUCUUCCUUCCAUUUACGAAGUUGUGUUUACUGUUUUGUCAUGUUGUAAUGAGUUCGUUGUUAAUUUUAUUUAUUCAUCUCUUCCAAUGGGAGCUUGA